GGGGCGGCGGGUGCUGGCUCCGGCGCCCCGGGUGGGGAGGUGGCCGCGGGUGCCGGGCGCCGAGGAGCCGAGCCGGGCAGGUAUUUUUGAGCUGACUUCUUUCAUCAAGUGCUAAGACUGGUAAAAUCAUGGAUUUGUACACCAAGGCUCAGAGCAAUCGAAUGAAACCAAGAAUAUCUGUGAAAAAGAGUUUUGAUGAAGGUGUACUGCACUCUAUGAAGUCACUGCUACACAGCAGAAAAGAGUUAUGCAGUGUAUCAGCAGAGGAAUGUCUAAAUCGGGAAGAACAAGAUAAUUUUAUUGAGAUGACAUUUAUAGGUUUUGCUGAAGAAAUGAGUGCUGCUCAUUUGCAGGAGUUGGCAGCUGUUUCUGCAGAGCUCCCAGAUGUUCUGAAAUCGCUCCAGUUGUGCAAACUAAAGGAAAAUGAGGUUAUGUUUCUAAAAGAUGUUAAGAAAACUUUAGCAAAACCUUAUGUCAUGAAACAUCAGAAUCAACUUCCUGAAGUGUUCUGUGUGAUGAGACUGGUUCCUUCAUUUCCAAGGAUCAAAGUUGAUUAUAUAUUUACCUUACUGAGCAAGUAUACCACAGGCAUAAAAUAUGCAGUGGAAAUCAACUCAUCGCAAAAACAUCAAACAGAGACAUCCCAUGGAGAAGAUGAUGACACUAAUCAGUCAGUUUCUUCAAUUGAGGAUGAUUUUGUCACUGCUUUUGAACACUUAGAUGAAGAUGAGCCUUCAAAGAUACAAAGUGCUGGUGCCUGCAGCUUAACUUCUCGAAACCAUCGAGAUGCUGCUUCACAGACCAUCCCUGCUCAAAGUUUAGAAGCCGUUGACUCAAAGAUCCUUGUGGGUUCUGCACGUCGGAAGUCAUCUGCCAGAUCUUCUACUCUGAUUGAUAUUUUGGGACUUAAGGAACUGUCCUCAGUAAAAAAUUCAGUUACAACCUCCAUUUCUGAUCCAUGGAUACAAAGGAGUUUCUAUAAGCCAUAUAAUCCUUCUGAUCAAGGUGUUAAUUUUUUAUGUAAAACAUUGUUUUCUUCCUCUCCUGCUGAAUCCUCUGGGUCAGAUUGCUCCAGCCCAAGCCCCAUCAUCUUCUUAGAUGAAGAAGGAUAUCAGAAAAGCUUGAAAGCAAAACUUCAACUGCCAAAAAUUCCAGUAGUUAAAGAUGGUAUAGAGGAUUCAGACUCGGAAGUAAGUGAAUUUUUUGAUAGUUUUGAUCAGUUCGAUGAGCUGGAACAAGCCUUGGAAAACUCUUGUAAAGUUAUUAGGGAUCCCAUCUUAGGGAAUACCUCCCAGAAAAGGAGGACUGCACAUGAACAAUUGUCUUCUGUAAGCAUUACCAUGAAUCCUCAGAAAUUCAAGUCUGAUCGUCCUGCUCUCCCAGCCAAUGUAAAGAAACCAACUCCUCGAAAACCAGAAUCACCAUAUAGCAGCAUCUUUGAUGUCCCGGAUUCCCCUCGUCCAGUUAAAACUUCAGGGGAAGAGAAUGGAGGCUUGUUCAGCCCUAUUAGAUCAUCGGCUUUCAGUCCACUAGGGAGCUGUGGUUCUUCUGAAUGUUUAUGUCGAAUUAGUCUCUGUGGAGAUGGGACAGGUCAAAAUCAGCAUGAUGCAGUUUAUAAUAGUUACUGGGCAUACGCUGAUAGUGUUUCAUUUGAAAUACUGGGUUCUGUUUUUCACUCUGAGUCCUCGUCAGAGCAAGCAUGUGUGGGAAAUUGCUCAAAACACAAAGGGAUUGCUUUGAAAGAGAAGAAAGGUCAAGCUGCAGAUCUCAAAAUGAAAACAGAUAAAGAGCCAGAUAAGCAAGCAAAAUCUAAACAUAAGUCAUUAAUGAUUAGAGAUAGUAUUCAAAAGUUCGCAACUGAGUUAGUUGAAAAAAGUUUUGGCAGUGCAUUUAAAGACCUGCAAAAAGGCGUUUCUUCGUGCACCAAUGCACUUUGUCAUUUGGCUGCUAGGUUGACUUCUUCCGUCUUUCAAAUGGCUUUUUAUGAAAUUGGAAGACGUAGAGCAAUCUCCCUGAAGGAGCGUGCCAUUAAUGGGAUAGCAAACUUUUUGGUGAGUGAAGCUAUAACUGGUGCUUUGAAAGAACUGCGGCAUGUAAAGAAACAAAUAUUUACCAACACCGUUGCACGCUUUGCGGCAGACCUUGCUGAGGAACUUGUGUUUGAAGGAAUCAUGGAAGUAUGCCAGUUUUCAUAUCCAUCAACACCUACAGCUGUCCAGCCCUCAUCGUUUGAUUAUGAAGACAAAGUGGUAAGAUCCUAUGCCAGAGAUUUAUCUGAAUCUGUCAUUCAAGAGGCUUUUAUUGAACUAUCUCAGGUUGAUGUGACCUUCACAACACAAGCAGCCAUUAGUGUUUCCAUGGACAACAUUAAAUACGUGAGCGCAGAAAGUAUGCUGGAGUCAACACAGACUUCCACAGUUUUUCCUCAUUUUAAUGACAGGGUGGCACUGAAUCCUGUCCAAGAUUCCAAGAAGGACUAUACAGUACAGCAAGCUCUCUUUUGCACCUCUGGUGUUGUAAGUUCAGUACCUGUGCCCUUAGCUGGAAGAGCUCUUUGUCAACAUCAGCUUUCGUCUGAUGCUUCUAAAGCAAAAGUAUCCACUACUUCAAAUUCUGAUGACAACACAAAAGGACACAAAGAUUGCACUCAUCCAUUUUUCACAACCAGAAAGAGAGAGGAGGAAGUAGCUUCUUUCAGAAAUAUAUACCUAACUUCAGAUGGCAGUCAAAGUACUGAAAGUACUCCAUCACUCCUACAUAACCAAAACGAUUCCAAGCAAACAAAUAACAGAUCUGGAAUGAACAAUAAUUCAGAAUUAACAAGUGGGUUGAAAGGCAUUAAUACUUUCUCUGGAACUAUGGUAGAUAUGAUAGUAAAUGAAGCUUAUGAUGCCAUAACCUCAUCUAGAGUAACAAAAGCAGAAGAGUAUACAGAUUUUUUAACUGGAAAAAUAGGAGAUAGAGAACCUUAUGCACAAUGUGUUGUUGAAGAUUUCCCCAAGAAUAUGUUUGCAGAUCAGCUGGCCAAGUAUGUCAUAAAACAAUCUGUGGAUGAAAGUAAAACUGUGUUAUGCAACACGAGUGAUAACUUAGCGUGUAACAUGAGCUCACAGACUUAUGCAGAUAUAAGUAGAAAAGAACAAUGUGUGAUAAAGAAGCAAGAGGCAGAGAAGCAAAGUAAUGUUUCUGUAAUUGUGGAACAACAACAGAUGCCUUUGAAUAAUCCAUGUAAAUUUUUUCUUACUCCAACUCAUUCUGUUCAGUGUUUUUCAGAAUCUAAAGAUUGUUGGCAGGAGCAAAAAGGACACAUGUUUCCUUCAAAAUCACCACCACCUUGUUCCACAGUGACUUUUGCUAGGCAUGUGCUAGAGGACUUAGCUGACACAAGAAGCUGCUCAAUACCAUACUUAAACAAGCCCUUAAAAACCCAUGACACUCUGAAACCAUCAUCAGGACCUUUGGCUUACAGGCAGGCUGAUUGUUUUCAGCAUACUAAUAGCUUUUCUUCAGUGAGGUUUGGCAGUGAAGAUGUAUUGCAGAUGGAAGAUAAAUCAAGUCUCAAAGAUGGAAGUACCGGUGUAACGCCUGAUACACCCCCACCAACUCCUUUAGUACCAUGCCAGGGCAGUUCUGAAAGAAACCUAAGAAAACUAUCUAAGAAACUUAAGGGAGAAUUAGCCAAGGAAUUUGCACCUGCAACACCACCUUCUACUCCGUACAAUCCAUCUGUUACUGGUCUCUCUGAAACUGAACAUGACUCUAUGGAAAAUGAGGAAUUUAUGUUGAAACUCAUGCGGUCGCUUUCUGAAGAAGUGGAAAGUAGUGAAGAUGAAUACCAUUCUGAAAUGCCCAUUGAGAAAGAGAAGCGUUCAGAAAAAACAAUUCAAUAUGCAGAUUGCUUAGCUAGCCAUAUAAUUUCAAUAGCAACUGAAAUGGCUGCUUCCCAUUUAGAUGGUAAAACAAAUGAAAGAGAAGCUGAUAGACAGGUUCAGUUAGGUAUGCGAAACAAAAGAUGUGGAUAUACUGCAUUUAUAAAUAUCCCAGAAGAAACAUGCACUUCUGUAUGGAAUUAUGCAGGGAAUAUGGCAGGAAAAGUCAUAAAUGAAGCCAAGAAAAUAGUGAAGUCAAGGCAUUGUAAACUGUUGAGGUUGAAGCGGGUUAACUGUCAGGUGGAUUGCCUGUAUCUGAGAAAAGGUGACAAAGAUUGUGGUUCCAAAGAACUGUGCGGUCCAGUGCGGGACCAGUGGCUGGGCGAGGGAGAUCUAUCUGUACUUCCUUUACCUCAAGGUUCAGGCAUGGCAGGUUUGACUUCCAAAUACCCAAGCUGUGAAAGUGUGACUGAUGAAUAUGCAGAUCAUAUUAUUCGAGUUUUGAAAAGAGAAGGUGGUAAUGGUGAGCUGUUAAUGGAUCAGUAUGCUAACAGACUGGCUUACAGAUCUAUUAAAUCAGGCUUACAGCAAGCUGCUAGAAAAACCAAAUUGAGGUACAAAAGAAAGACACUUCCUGGGCAAAAUGCACAGGUAAAUGAUAAACUGGAGCUGACCAAAGCAGUGAAUAAAGAUCGAGCACAGCAAGUGAAAAGCAGUAUUCAUCACUGUGAAGACCAAACGUGCGAAAAGAACGUCAGCUCACGAAGAACAGAGUGUACUGAGUUGUUAUGUUUUUCAGAAUCCCUUGCUCACAGUAUCACUUGUGAUGUCAGGAAGAAAUUGAAAAUGUCAGGAGCGUGUUUGCCAAAGUCUCUAACAGAUUCCUGUCUAUAUAAAAAGACUGAACUUGAUGAAGUCACAGGGGAUCUUAUUAAAACAAGAUAUUCUAGGACAUUUCUUCCCUUCUCCCCAGACCAUAAACUUUAUCAUAGUACAGGCAGUUUAAAUGAGAAUGGCUACAGUGAAGGCAUAAUUCAAGCUAUAGAACAAUAUGCUAGGAAAGUAGCAGAUGAUACUCUAGAAAUGAGUUUAGAGUCAGCUGUUCUCCAUGUGGCUGAAAGGAGAAGAAAUGGGGAUGGGCUGUCAUAUAUUGAGAAACUGUCUCCUUUUUCUGGAACUGUCUGUAGAUGCUGCAGUAUGAAGGAACAUAGGUACUGUAGUGAAAGUACAUCUCAUAGUCUACCUGUGCAAGAAUCCCCCAUUCCAAUGAGGCAUUUUCUUCCUGCUGGAUUGGGUGGUGCCUGUCAAAAAGCAAGAGUGUUUCAACUUGAUAUUCCUAAAAUUCACCUUGAUGUAGAGCAGAAGACAGUGUUUUCUGACAAGGGGACUACUGUGGCCAUCAAGAAAGCAGGAGAGCAAAGUCACACAAGUCUGGCAGCUGACAGUGGUAUUGGACAAGAAGGAGUCAGUUUUGCUGAAAGCCUUACUACUGAAAUAAUGACGUCAGCUAUGACUAAUAUUGGUCAGACAGUUAACAUAAGCUCUGUUGGAAGAGAAGGAUUUCACUCUGCUGAAUCUAUUGUUAGCCAGCAGAUGAGUCUUAGUAUUGGUGAUGAUAGCACUGGGAGCUGGUCAAAUCUUAGUUUUGAAGAUGAACAUCCUGAUGAGAACAGCAGUUUUCUUCACCUCAGUGACAGUAAUGGUAACAGCAGUAGCUGGAGCAGUCUUGGUUUAGAAGGGGAUAUGUAUGAGGAGAAUUUAUCCUUUCCAACAUCAGACAGUGAUGGGACAGAAGAUAAAGAUGAAGACUCCAAAGAUGCUGUAGAAGGUUUGGAACAAAUACGAAAGACUUUAGCAAUAGUGAAUAUUGAUCUGGAACCACAUCUAGUGGACCCCCAGCUCAGAGCAGCACUCCAGUGGCUGGCAGCUUCUGAAACAGAGAUGUCUGAUCUUCACUUUCAUGACACUGCUACAAGAGAAUUUGUUUUGCUUUCCAGAAGACUGCGAGAAAGAGAUUGGAAAGUUGGAGAUCUCUUGCAAGCAGUUCUGAAAUAUUGUGAAAUGAUAGAGAAGGCAUCUGAUGGAGAACAAGCUCUAAAUAAGUCUUUGGUUGGUUGGCUUCUGGAAAAUGUCUGAAAAAUCCAAAGAUGCAACACUCUUCACUUCAUUCCUCUUUGGAAAGGAGCUAGAAAGAAUGCAAAAACGUAAACUAAAAUGCAGCUCAUGUGUGUUGAAGUGAUUUUCAGCAUUUAAAAGACCUUGAGGUGAAAGUCAAAAUAGCUGUGCUGUGCUUUGUGAUACUGUGCACAUGGUAUGUUUAUUCAGUCCUUAAUCGGUAUUGUCCACCCACGCAUAACUUGUAUUUACUGCUGUGUUCAGACCAUUGAAAUAUUUAUAUUAAAAAACCUUGUAUAUGAUAGUACUUCAGAGGAGACAGUCUCAGGCAUUACAUCCAGGAUUCCUGCUGUGCCAGGAUAGCUCUUUUUCCAACUUGUACGUGUCCUGUAUUCACAGGGGCACUGAGAGCACUGCUGUUCUGCAAAAAUCUGUUCUGUUGUACCUUGCUUGCAAUGGAAAAAAUUACUGACAUUGGCCAGUUGUUGUGUGCCCGAGGGCACCAUUGCCAGGAAAAAGAUUGUGAUCUGCCCAAGCAGCCCCUUAAUACAGUCUGGCUUCUUAGCCACCUUUAUCAAGUUUAACUUUAUGUGAAGAUGUGAGAGUCUGCUCUGAAAUUGUUGAGGUGUAAAUACAUGUUGCCUUUUGUUGACUAUUGUAGAGCUGGUGACUUUUGGAAUAAGGGCAGAGUGGAUAGCUGAGCAUAAGUCCAUACGGAAUUCUUCAGCAAGGUUUCCUGAAGCUUGCCAAUCAAGUUUAAAUUGCUAAAUUUCUUACUGAAGCUUUUUGUAUGCAGAUACUUCUGUGACAUUAAUUAUGUGUCAAAAGAAUUUGUAUGUUAGUCUCUCACAUAGGUAUGUUAAAAGUAGCAGAUGGCAACACCUUAUCCUGCAGAUUUUGGACAUUGUUUUGACUAGUCCAGUUCUUAUUUCUUAGCCUCCAUAUAUGAAUUUUCUCUUUAUUACUAAAAAGAAUCUUCUUACUCAGUGAGCACUUCAGCAUUUAGCAAAGAAAACAAAUGACAACACAAAGGGGAAAUUUAUUGCAAAUGGAUUUUUUUCAUUUUUCUGAACUACCAUUACAGAUUAUUAUUUUUAUUUUUAAGGCACUUUUAAUCAAGUCUUUUUAGCAGUCCAGUCAGGUUUCUCUCCAGCACUGCUGAGUUGCCUUUCUGUCUGAAGGGAAAUCUGGACCUUUACAUAUCCUUGUGGUUUGAAAAUGCUUUUUGAGUUUUGUGUUUUUAUACAUCCUUUGAGAGAAAAAGGCAUGUGCUCAUAAUUACUAGGUUGCCACCUCAAAACUUGUAUCACUUGCAAGAGAAUCAUGGAGUCUUACUUAUUUUGGAUGAACAGAAGAAUCUUAAUAGCUUUUUCGUAGAAAAAUACACUGUUGAUAUGGUGCACGAGCUUCAGAUCCCAAACAAGGAGAGAGAAAACCUCUAAAUUUAUUCCUGAAUUUUAAUGCCAUAUGUACAAUUUUGAUUUCCCCUACUUCAUAAAUUGCUAUGAGGUGACACACUGGUGAGCACUCUUCUUACAAUGUCGUUGUGAUUCAGAAAGACAUUCCACUAGUCUUUUUACAGACCCCUACUUUGUUUUAGUCCUCGUUUGUCCUCUGGGUUUCUGCCUUGGAUCUCACAAAGUUCACUUUCUCACAGAAUUAAAGAUUUUUGGUGUUUCUGUAUAUGCACAUUUGUAUGUUCACACACAUGCACACUCACAUAGAUAUGUGUAUAUAUCUGUAUGUGUAUGAAAUCUCACCAGUAUGAACUUACAAUGUGAAUUUUUACCACUAAGUUAAAAUUCUGUUACGCUCAUAGUUUAUUACCUCACUUGGUAUUUCAUUUCACUGAUUGAUAGAUCCAUGGAUGCCAUGUGACAAAAAGACUAAAAACCAUUACAAGGUCUUUUUGUGUUGUUGUAGAUAAUACAAUACAAAGCAUCAGGAAUCACUUUUUCUAGAGCCCAAAUCACAGGGGACAAGUCUUAAUUCCUGUAUUUGGAAGGUGGUUCUAGUAACAAAUAUUUUUGAAGAGGUGUUCAAAAGUUGUCUGGAAUAUUUAUUUUAUUUUUUUUCCCCAUGCUCUUUUCUUCAUUUUCUUUCUUUUAAGGUUGACUUUUGACAUCAUUUUAGAGAAAGAAGUGAAACCAUUCUCUGGCUGUAACAUCUUCCCUUUAAGACGGCAAUAAUGUACAAAUUUACCUAUAAAACUGAAAUGUCAAAAAAAAAUCAAACACUAAAAGCAGUGCUUCAGGACUAAAUUUUGCUGUGGGUUUUGGACCUUUAUGUUCUCACCAAGGGGAUUUUCAGGACAUGAAGUUGCAGUUAAGACUAAUUACAGGCUUUCUGCACAUGUCCCAAACCAAAGUGAGAAAGAUACUUGAAGGCAUGGUAAAUGUACAAAGCUGCACACUUUAAAAAAAACCAAAACGCCACCACAGGAACGGCCAUUUUUUAACAGAUUUAUUCAGUAUAUUAAAUUUUAUAAAACUGGUGAAGUGUUUUUUCUUUUCAUUACUUUCCUGGAGAAAGGCAGAAUGUUGUGUUGUUCGCAAAGCUUACAACUAUUCAAAAAGUUAAGCAGAUAACGGUUUCAUUAAAAAUCGUUUUUAUAAAUGGAAUACUGUUUUCAAACUAGGUGAAAUAUAUUCUAUAACCGUUGAUUGGUAUUUUAUUAAGGAAGAGCUUGACUUACUAGCCUCUGAAGAAAGCAGCAUAGUUCCAAAUUUACAUGAGAAGAAUAUGGUAUAAAGUGCUUUCUUCUUAUUUAAGACAAAAAUCUCCAAUUUUCUACAAAAAUAGUUUUACAUUUGUCCUGUAUGACUUGACUUUUCUCCUUGGUUAUCAAAAUUGGGAAAGCAUUAAACUAGCCUGACAAAAUUAUCAUUUAGUUAAUCUUUGGGAAACCUUACUGUGGUGAUACCUAACUGUGGCUGUCUGCCAUCUUAGUGACAAAGCUGUUCUUUGCUAAUGCGGGUCUUAAAUAACUUUAUAACUGAGUUUAUUUAAAACUCCUGGCCACAAAUACACAAAUUACAUAAUAGAAGUGUAAAUGAAAACUAAAAACAUGAAGGACCGUAUUUUGGUCCUUUUAAACCAGGCAACUGUGCUUUAUAAACAAACAUCAUAAGAUAAGAGUUUGUUUCAUUUUGCAUUUUUUCUGUAUUUGAAACCUGACUGGGUAAUUUAAUUUUAGGACAAUGAUAAUAUAUACAGUGACACCCUGUCUUAGACACUUCAUAAAAUAUAUUCAGUGUUCUGAAAAACUGAAGUGUUUGGAUAUUUUGUAUGAUUCUGUAGAAAAAGCACUUUGAAAGUAGUCCCUGUAUAAACAAACAAUUAAAAGUGGCCAUAUUUAAAACAAGUUUAAACAUUCAGAAUGGGGUGCAUAAAUAAUACAGAAGUAUGCAUAAAGCCUUAAAAUAAAAACUAAACAAAACUUAAACCCAUAUGCUAAAAUUAAAGAGGAUUUGCUGUCUCAAAAUAAGGAUGUGAAAUAGUAGCUAAGAUGAUGUACGUGAAUGCACUUUGUGUAGUAUGUUCGUUCUUCAGUUUUGAAAGAUUGUAAGCUUUUUAAAAAGCAAACAAAAACCAAAAAUGCAGUAAUCCACAUUCCGAGACUAAUUAGGUCUCUCAAAAACGGUAUCAGAUUUUAAAGGUUACAUACUCUAAUGUAACUUUGUCUGGGACCUUCUCUGUAAAGAGCCACACAUUUUUGGAAAUGGGAACACGGUGAGCACUGUUACCAGUGCAAAAUCCCUUAGUUUUACACAGUUGAUUUGCAAGGAAAAAUUCAGAAAUUACUCUAGUGUAAGAAUUUUGGCUUUUCAGGAAGAGCCACUACUGUCGAGCAUUUUCUGUACUUGAGCUCUGAAGACCCGAGUACAGAGGCCAGCCACUGUAGUCACUUUAUUUUGUACCAUCUUUGUACAUUCCCGUUGUAUAGCUGGAGUUGUAGUUUUAGGGGGUCUUAGUUCUGUUGUAAUGUCCAAAUAGUAUUUAAUACAUAAAAUCUAUUAUAAUUUGCUGGAACCGCUGCUUACUUGUGCAGUGUUACACUAAUUCACAGCCCACUUAGUGAUGCAGUUGUAUACCAAAAGCAGUUUGAAUAACUAUAAAUGUUUAUGUAACUGUACUCAAUGAAUAUGAAAGUCUUGUACUGUAUAAUGGUGACAAGUUUUGCCAUUUUAGUAAUUUAACUAUAUUCAGUUUUCAGAUUAUGAACUCCAGGUUGCACUAAGUUUGUCCUUGUUUUAGCAGUGGCUUAAAAUAAAACACAUUUCACUGUC